AUGGUGGUGCCAAAGCCGGUGGUCUUCUUCUUCCUCUUUCUUGCGUACGUAGAAUUCGCCGUCUCCCUGGUCCUCUACUGCCUCGGCUUCUACGUGCCGUCGGAGCCGCUCACCCCCCCGUGGGAAGAAAAUGUGUUCUACUUCCCGGGGGCGGCGACCGACACCACAUCGUCGGCGAAGUCUCCCUCCGCGGUGGCCCCUUCGUCCAUAAAGCAGCAGCUCAGGGUGGUAGAGUUCUCGAGCUUGCCGAGGAGGUGCCGCUUGGACGACCCCACCUGCGUCAUCUGCUUGGGAGCUCUGGAGGCCAGGCACAUGGUUAGGGAGCUCGGCAACUGCGGCCAUGGAUUCCACCAGGAGUGCAUAGAUAAGUGGGUGGACGCUGGUCACGUUACGUGUCCGCUGUGCAGGGUUCGCCUGCUGCCCGCCGCGAAACAGGAAGGGCGGUGGCGAAGGUUUCUAUGGGUUUGGUGA